ACACUUGCACACACUGUGUGUAUGUGUGUGUGUGCUUGCAUGUGCAUGCGAGCAUGUGCAUGUUAAGUAUGUGUGCGUGUGCAUGCGGUUGGCGGUGGAAAGGGGCUGGAGCUCACACUUAAAGAGUCAUCCACCCGACUCCACACUUAGCUCACCUCGCCUCCAGCCAGAUCCCAGCACCGCCAGCCCAGCUGCCAGCCUCUCUCAGGAUGCCCGAGUCAAAGUCCCAAUCCAAGACGGAGUUGUGUGACCUCACCAUCACUAUGGCCCAGGCAGAAAGCGAAUCGCAGGGAGAAAGCAGGAAGGAGAAGGCAGUAGUUGGCAGUAGCCGCGGCGCUGCCCUGUUCCUGCGCUACAUCCAGCCCUGCCUGGCCGAGCUGCUGGGCUCCACGCUCUUCAUCUUCACCGGCUGCCUGUCGGUGGUGGAGAACGUGGAGGGCACGGGCAGGCUGCAGCCGGCCCUGGCACACGGCCUGGCACUGGGCAUCGUCAUCGCCGUCCUGGGGGAGAUCAGCGGAGGCCAUUUCAACCCAGCCGUGUCUGUGUCCGUGUGCAUAAUUGGUGGCUUAAAGGUGGUCCUGCUGGUGCCCUACAUCCUGUCCCAGAUGUGUGGUGGCAUGAUUGGCGCCAGUCUGGCCAAGGUGAUUUCGCCGGUGGAGAGCUACCACAACGCGUCCGGCGGGGCGUUUGCCGUGGUGCAGUCGGAGGGGCAGGUGGGGCCGGCCAUCGUGGCAGAGGUGGUGAUGACCCUCUUCCUCACCCUGGUGGUGUGCAUGGGGGCCGUCAACGGCAGGACCCGCAGCCUGCUGGCACCACUCUGCAUCGGCCUCACCGUCUCCGCAGACAUCCUGGCUGGAGGAGCCAUCUCGGGGGCCUGCAUGAACCCGGCCAGGGCCUUCGGGCCUGCGGUGGCAGCGGACUACUGGAGCUACCACUGGAUCUACUGGGUCGCCCCCAUGAUCGGAGCCAUCAUCACGGGAAGCCUCAUCAGGUUGCUGCUGGGUGAUGAGAAGGUCCGAGUGUUGCUGAAGUGACCCCUGAAGAUCUACAGCCUCUGUCUAAUGAAUGUACAUACUGGACAUUUUUAAUAUAUUGUAUUGAAUAUGACAAUUUGUGUACUGUAUCAUUACUGCACUUUUGUGAACCUUUGGCCCAGCUACUAAGGAAGCCAGGCAUUGAAUUCUCAAACACCAUUUUUGCUACAUUAGGCUACUAAACUAGACAUACCACAGUAUUAUAAUUAAAACACUGGAAAACUAGUCUACAUCAUGUUGGGAGUGCAUAUCAGCACCUGUCACAUUUUCACUGCCAUUCUUUUUUAAUCUGUUUAAGCUCUUCUAUUUUCUAUGUCUGUAAUAUUGUUGUAAUAGAUAUGUUAUAAUCACACUGCUAGAAAUAUACUGCUACUUA